CAGGCCAGAAAUCUCUCUCCCUGAAUCUCAUGGCUUACGACGAUGAGAUCCACCCUUACAAUGUGACCCACAACCACCGGAAUACAAUCUUCCGGUUGCCGAGACGCCGGAAGAUCUUGACGACACGGCGACGGAAAGUGCAAACGAUCCAUCUGGGAGGGAAGAAACGCCGUGGAGGGUUGUUCCUCGUGAAGGUUUUCCGGAAGAUCCGGCUGCGGUGGCUGAAGCUGCAGUACUCAUGCAUGUUGAAGAAGUUGAAAGACUGGUAUUACUCGGUAGUGAAGGACCUCAUAGAAGCCGGCGCUACACUGGAGGCCGUGCAGCAAAGGCUCAUCAUGGAAACUUAUUUCACUGUCCCCAUCAUGGGCGUCCCUGCCACCACCAUUCCGUCCUCCUUCGGUCCUAAUCGGCCUCGCCCCAUCAAUUAUUUUUAACAUAGUACAGACGUAGAGCAACUCAGUCGGUUUUUCUCUCCUUUCUUUCCUUUUUGUUUGCGUUUAGUUAUUUUUCUAGUAAUCUCCGUUUUUGUUUUGAAUUUCAUCGUGUUGUUUUAUUGGCUGAAAAUGUAAAAAAACUCCAUGAUCAUUUAGUAGACUGCUUACAUUAAUAGGAUCUCGAACAGGGAGGAAUAUAAUCUAUGAAAGGGGCGGUGAUAUUAGCGAUGAAGCAGAACCAGAGCGAAGGGAUCGAAACUUAAUUGUUUA